AUGCCUGUUUCUACGGUGCCGUUGCCAUCUAGGAUAGCCUUGCUGGUUCAUUCACACUUUGAUGCAUUGCCAGCGCGCAAUAAACCAAAUGUUUUUGAUGAUGGCUCAAGAGAAUGGAUUCCAUUGACUGGAAUUGUGGCUGUCAAAGGAGAAAAUACCCCAUUGGAAAGUUUGACAUGUUUAGCCAUCACGAGCGGGGCAAAAUGCUUAUCGGCAUCCCAGAUACCUGGCUGUCAAGGCCUUGUCUUGCAUGAUUGCCACGCGGAGAUUUUGGCCAUUCGCGCCUUCAACUACUGGCUCUUGACUGAAUGUCGAGGCAUGUUUGACAGCCAAAUAUCAAACUCAGAAUCGAAAAGCUCUAUCACCGAGUCACCUUUCAUACGAAGAAGAGAUAUGAAAGACCAAGUGGAAAAAUCAGCAAUAGAUUGGCCACCCUUUGAGAUCCAACCUGACGUCAAGUUCUAUAUGUACUGCACCUGCGCCCCGUGUGGCGAUGGAAGUAUGGAGCUAUGUAUGGACUCACAAGAAGACGCAACACCAUGGGAGGUAAGACGGGAAGUUCAUAUAAAUUCUGAUAUUCAACAAGAUGACACACUUGCCGAAGGCGAUAUGCUAGAUGGUCGAGCGCACUUUUCCCUUCUUGGUGUUGUUCGUCGCAAGCCAGCACGGAUGGACGCAGAAUCCACUCGAAGCAAAUCUUGCUCUGACAAGCUAGCUCUGAGGCAGGUCUCUUCCUUGCUCUCUUGUCAGACCAGUCGCUUCAUUGCUCCUACCUCAAAUGCAUACUUUGCCGGUCUCGUUCUUCCUGAGGAUGAAAUCAGCCACGUCGCUUGCGAGAGAGCGUUUGGGGAGAAUGGUAGAAUGAGAGAUCUCAAGGGUCGGUCUUGGCCUGGUCAAAUAUCCAGUGAGAAGACUCAGAGUCAAACUGGCUACCAGUUCCGCCCAUUUAAUAUUCUGUCUGUAGCUGCGGAGGAGAUUGCUCUACUCUGGAAAUUUGCGAAGCCUAAGACAGGUACACCACAGAAUGCAAACUUAAUAGAAGAAAGCAGUGAUUCGACCAGCCAGACAGUCUUACCCAAGAAAAGAAGACCUGGUAAUGUCAGUACAGUGUGGGCAGCCGCAUCAUCGUACCCGCAUGUCAGCUUGUUGUUACCUGGAAGUACGCAGUUACCUACGCUGUUUCGUUCAAAGACUGGACUUUACGAAACUAUCAUAAAUGGCGUGAAGCAGGGAAACAAGGCAUUUUCAGGCGGCCAAAGAGGUGCCUCGUCACUUUCUCGUGCCAGGCUAUGGAAUUUUCUCAGAGAAACCGUCGAUUCUGAGGGAUAUAAGAAAUAUUUGAAGGAUACUCAAGUUCAGAACCAGCUAGUUGAAUCAGUUCCUGCUCAAGAGCUUCACGGGUUCCUUGCCAAGCAGCAAAUUAGCAAAGCGAAUUCAUACGCAGAGCUGAAGCAAGCGGGGACUGAUUGGGCAGAUCCUCUCCAAGUGCGUGAAGAGGUUCUACGGGAUGCUAAGAAAGUCCUCAAGGGAUGGGUUCCCAACACAGGCGAUGAGGGCUGGGACCUAACGGUUCUCAAUAGUACUACAAGUAGUAGUAAAAAACGAAAGAUUGGUCUAUAA